AUGACGAUCGCGUCGUCGUUCGCGCACGAACUCGCGGUCUCGAACCCGCUCGCGGCGCCCCUGCGGCCGGACGUGCGCGAGAGCGAUCUUCGGACGAUGUGGGGGGAGAUUGGGGCGUCGAUGCGAGCGGAGCAGGCGAGCGAGAUGCGAGCGGUGGUUGAUUUUUUGAAAGCGCCGUACGUGAAGACGAACGCGCCGAAUCCGGGGACGGGCGACGCGAGCGAGUGCGUGCGAGCGAGAGCGGUGGGGAUAGAUUUGAGGAGGGAUGCCGAUCGUCGGCCGAUGGUGAUGCCGGGAAGUUCGGUCGAUGGAGGGCUAAGUAGGGCGGCGGCGGCGGGGGCGAGACAGCCGACGCAGCCGGCGUUCGACGACGACGACGACGACGACGACGUGCUGGCAGAUCUAGACAUCGAUGCGGUCGUGCUUCGUCAGAAGGCUGGUACUUCGACCGGAGGUGUCGAUCGGGGUGCGACGGCGCCGGAUCGGACGACAGUUGCUCCGACGCGAGCUCCGUCUUAUGCGCCCACUCCGUCUUAUGUGCCUGCUGUUUCGCCGACGAUGGAGUGUCAAGCGCCGCCGUUGGACGGCUCCGGGGCGGAUUGGCGAUGUGAGCAUGGGAAUGCCUUACACGCGUGUCCGCAUCGCGGCGCGCACGUGCAAAAGCUGAGACCGAUUUUGGAUAGUAUUGUAUUCCAGCUGGAGGACGACGACGUGGCGCUGAAAAAUAGCGAAAGAAAAUUAUUGAUGUAUCAGCGGAAGGAGGGGGAAACGAUCGUCCAAGUGUGCGGAGAUGGCAGCAGAAAUAUCGGUCAACACACCGGACCUGUUCCCGGUCAUCACGUUCCGAUGAGCGGCCCAGGGAUUGUCGAGCCGACUCAUUACCAGGAGCCGCCUCGUUACCAGGAUCCUCCGCGGUAUGAGGCUCCAUCGACGUCGAAUUGGGCGGGUCCGCCAGUGAAUGAUUUCAACGACUUGGCCGGUUGGGACGAUGAACCGCUCGGGGAGGAUGUUGUCAUUCCCAUGAACGGAAUCGGGGCGGCAAACGUGAGCUCGAGCAUCGUGGCAACGGAUUGUGAGAUGAAGGGUGGCGAUGCCAAAGACUGGGAUCACACCAACUUUGCGUGGAGUAAGUUAAUCCAACAAACGCUUCGUAAUACCUUCAACGCAAAGUCGUUUCGUAGCUUGCAGUUAUUGGCCGUGAACGCCACCAUGGCGGCGAGAGACUGUCUUGUACUGAUGCCCACCGGCGGCGGAAAGUCUCUUUGCUACCAACUUCCCGCCGUCGUGAAGCCCGGGGUGACUGUUGUCAUAUCACCGCUGAUUUCGCUGAUUCAAGACCAACUGCAUCAUCUCAGCGAAAUGGGGAUUCCAGCAACAGUUUUAUCCGCUGCAAAAGAGAGUGAUAACAGUAUUUACGAUGAUCUUCGCUCGUCGACGCCAGAGCUUCGGCUUCUGUACGUCACUCCUGAAAAGGUGGUGCGAAGUGGAAAGCUGAAAACUGCUCUUCAGCGACUAUACGAAAGAAAUAUGCUGAACCGAUUUGUUUUAGACGAGGCGCACUGCAUCAGUGCAUGGGGGCACGAUUUCAGAAAAGAUUACACUGAAUUGAGGGGGUUGAAGCAUUUGUUUCCGACGACGCCGAUCAUGUGCCUCACGGCAACAGCAACACGAAGAGUUCAGGAUGACAUUGUUCGUCAAUUGAAUCUCCCCAAGUGUCUGCGAUUCUUUGAUACAUUCAACCGAACGAAUCUGACAUACGAAGUUCACCCGAAACUCAAGGGAAAGCAAAUGAUUAGCGAGAUUAAAGAUGUCAUCGUGAAGCGUGGCCUUAUGCGAAACAAGCGCGUUCAGUGUGGCAUCAUUUAUUGCUUCAGUCAAGCUGACUGCGAAAAAAUCGCCAGUGAGCUCAACAAGGUAGAUAGAUCAGCGGGCGAUCACACACGGUUCCCGAAAAGGCUCAAGGCUGUACCUUAUCACGCUGGGUUGCCAGAAGCGACUCGGAAGAAGCACCAAGAAAUGUGGCAAAGAGAUGAAGUAAACAUUAUUUGUGCCACGGUGGCGUUCGGAAUGGGUAUUAACAAACCAAACGUCAGGUUCGUGUUUCAUCACAGUAUGCCCAAGUCUCUCGAGGCGUAUCAUCAGGAGAGUGGUCGGGCCGGUCGUGACGGUGAACACGGACUAUGUAUUCUCUUCUACUCCUGGGGCGAUGCUUCGAAAGCUAGAAGUAUGCUGAUGGACAGCGCUCGGAAAGAGCGUGCUCAGCCGGCGGUGCUCCAAAACAACCUCGAUUCACUCAAUACGAUGGUGUCCUAUUGCGAAAAUAUGGCGGAUUGUCGGCGAACACAGUUGAUGGCUCAUUUUGAUGAGCGCUUUGAACGGUCUCGUUGUCGUGGGAUGUGCGACUCAUGUGCAGCGAUCAAUGCCGGGGUGAAGUUUGAAGAGACCGACGUCACGAAUUUCGUUAUAGGAAUUAUGAAUAUCGUUAGGUCCGUACCAGAAGGUAUCGGUAUCGGUCUGCUCGUAGACGUGUUGAGAGGUUCUGCGGCAAAAACAGUGACGCAGAAACAGUACAACCGGUUGCCUGGUUACGGCGCCGGAAAAGGUUUGGAUAAAUCCGAAGCGGAGCGCAUCGCCCGUGCCAUGGUGUUGCGUGGGUAUCUUAGAGAGAAUACGGUUCGCAGCGAAGGCGCAGGCCCGUUCGCGACGACCGUAACGACGAUUCAUUACAACAGGCCACGGUGUGAAGCCAUUCAGCAGGGUCGAGAACAGUUCAAGAUAGCUUUCAGCAAGAGACGAACUGGCGCAAAGAAGGCGCCCGUUAUCAGUGCUGCUGUGACUGUCACACUCGGCACGCAGCCGGAUACCCAGCCUGAGGCGAUUGACGAUUUCAUUUUCGAUGCUAUUGGUCCAGACAAGGUUGCGAAGCAACGAGAAGACAAUCAGUUGCGCGAAGCUGUUUACACAGCUUUGGACUCGUGGCGUAAACGUAUGGCCGCCGCGCGUCAAGCUAAGGACGGUAGAGAGGUUAAUCUCGACACCGCGUUUCCUCCCGGUCUUAUGCGGGUGCUCGAGGUGGAAAGGCCUGUCACGAUUGAAGAGGCGAAAGCGCUCCUCGAACCUGAAAACAACAAAAUCGAUAAGUCUAACGAGAGAACCAUCUUUAAGAAACGAGUCAACGAGGUCGUCCCGAUCAUCAAACAAGCCGUCGAGUGCUUCAAACAGGGUAUCCCGAAUCCGUACGUUGAAGAGGAUAACCGUCAAGAAGACGAAAUUGAAGACGAAGAGUUCACUUUCAGCGAACGACGCAUGUCUCAGCGCUUGUCGCAGCAACCUCUCGCGCAGCGAAUGUCUCAGCACCCUCUCUCUGAGAAUGUCAGUGACCCGUCGCCGUCUUGGAAAAAAGCGCGUAGAUCGGAUUUUUAG